AUGUCUUUUGCCACCGGAGCUCUCUCCUGCUCGAAGAACAUGGGUUUGGAGCACAAGAUGGGGAAUGCUGAGAAAAAUGGGAUCUUGAUGGCUAGGGAAGGUGAAACGGAGGAGAACAGCGAGCGUAAGCAUGCUGGUAAGGAGGAGGAGAUCAACAGGCAGAUGAGCGAGACCUCCCUUUAUGCUACCGAGGAGGAAGAGGAAGAUGAUGAUGGGAAGGAUGGCAACGGGAUUGAUCUGGGACCUCAAGUCAGCCUCAAAGACCAGAUGGAGAAAGACAAGGAUGAUGAGAGCCUGAGAAGGUGGAAGGAACAGCUUCUGGGAAGCGUCGAUGUGAACUGUGUCGGAGAAACCUUGGAGCCCGAGGUUAACAUUCUGAGCCUUUCGAUCAUCUCUCCCGGAAGGCCUGACGUUGUCCUCCCACUUCCUGUGGCUCCGAACUCCAAGGGCGUGUGGUUUACCUUGAAGGAAGGUAGCCAUUACAGGUUGAAGUUUACCUUCUCCGUCAGCAACAACAUCGUCUCUGGUCUCAGAUACACUAACACGGUAUGGAAGACCGGCGUCAAAGUGGACCGAACAAAAGAGAUGCUGGGCACCUUCGGUCCUCGGCUUGAAUCAUACACAUACGAGACACCAGAGGAGACCACUCCCACGGGUAUAUUUGCAAGAGGAUCAUAUGCUGCAAGGACCAAGUUCAUCGAUGAUGAUGGAAAGUGCUACCUGGAGAUGAACUACUCCUUCGACAUCCGUAGGGAAUGGCCACCGAUUAGCUGAAUAUAAGAUCAGUUCCAUAGAGAAAAGUCUCAUGCUUUUUGAGGCGACAAGUUCAUC